ACCAGGAAGGAAAGGAAGAAAGUCGCUUGGGAAAAGGGGAGGGGGAAGGGAGCUACGGGGCACCCAUGGAGGAGGCGUGGCCGCCCCCCGUCUCGUCUUCAACUGCGCCUGGCCCGCAAUAACAAUCCCUACCUUUUGGGGUGGGGCCAAGCGGAAGGAACAGUGGGAAACUCUCUGUGGCGCAUUGGGGAGGGGUGGUAGACCAUAAUCACCAUGUUUCUUCGACUCUUGGCUGAUGUCCGGUGGCAAAGAGGCAACCCAGGAUGGAGGAGUGUGGCUGGCUCCCGUCGCAGUAGUACAAAUACGGCAGAACAUCACCAAGUACCUCUUCCAACUCAUGCACAGGUGGUCAUCUGUGGAGGUGGAAUCAUGGGCACGUCGGUGGCAUAUCACCUCUCCAAACUAGGAUGGAAGGAUAUUGUUUUGUUGGAGCAGGGCAGGCUGGCUGCCGGUUCCACCAGGUUCUGCGCAGGCAUCGUGAGCACCGCGCGGCAUCUGUCCAUCGAGCUCAAGAUGGCCGACUACUCGAACAAGCUGUAUCAGCAACUCGAGCAAGAGACCGGCGUAAAAACUGGCUACGUGAGGACUGGCUCUAUCUCGCUGGCUCAGACGCAGGAUCGGCUGAUCUCCCUGAAGCGCAUUGCCUCGCAGCUCAAGAUCAUGGGGAUCCCAUGUGAGCUCAUCCCACCAAAGAAAGUGGCACAGCUUCACCCGCUCAUCAACAUCCACGACCUGGUGGGGGCCAUGUACGUGCCGGAGGACGCUGUCGUAUCGUCUGCUGAUGUGAGCCUUGCUUUGUCACGGGCUGCCUCUGCGAACGGGGUCCAGAUCCACGAACGGACAAGUGUCAUCCACAUUGUGGGCCAGAAGGGCUGUGUGGCUGGAGUGGAAACCGACAGAGGAUCAAUUGAGUGCCAGUAUUUUGUGAACUGUGCUGGUCAGUGGGCUUAUGAGCUGGGUCUUUCCAAUGAGGAGCCCGUCAGCAUCCCGCUGCAUGCCUGCGAGCACUUCUACCUCCUGACGCGCCCUUUCAAGUCACCCUUGGAGAGCAACAUGCCAACUAUCGUGGACCCUGAUGGGAGGAUUUACAUUCGCAGCUGGCAGGGGGGCAUCCUCUCCGGGGGUUUUGAGAAGAACCCCAAGCCUAUCUUCACGGAGGGCCGGAACCAGCUUGAGAUUAAUAAUUUACAAGAAGACUGGGACCAUUUUGAGCCCCUGCUGAGCGGCCUUCUUCGGAGGAUGCCAGGACUAGAGGCCCUGGAGAUCGUGCAGCUGGUGAAUUGCCCCGAAUCCUUUACUCCAGACAUACGAUGCAUCAUGGGAGAAUCCCCGAACGUGCAGGGUUACUUUGUCCUGGCUGGGAUGAACUCCGCUGGGACGUCUUUUGGUGGGGGAGCAGGCAAGUACCUGGCUGAAUGGAUGGUGAAUGGCUACCCUUCCGACAACGUGUGGCCCUUGGACCUGAAGCGCUUUGGUGCCUUGCAGAGCAGCCGUACCUUCCUCCGUCACCGUGUCAUGGAAGUAAUGCCCCUGAUCUAUGACCUGAAAGUUCCGCGUUGGGAUUUCCAGACUGGCAGGCAGCUUCGCACGUCACCCCUCUACGACCGGCUGGAUGCGCAAGGAGCUCGGUGGAUGGAAAAGCAUGGGUUCGAGAGGGCCAAGUACUUUGUGCCACCUGGGAAAGAUUUGCUGGCCCUGGAUCAGAGCAAGACUUUCUACAAGCCAGACUGGUUUGACAUCGUGGGGGCAGAGGUCAAGUGCUGCAAGGAAGCCGUGUGCGUCAUCGAUAUGUCCUCAUUCACCAAGUUUGAAAUCAGCUCCACAGGGGGCCAGGCCCUGGAGGUUCUGCAAUAUCUCUUCUCCAAUGACCUAGACGUACCUGUUGGACACAUUGUGCACACAGGGAUGCUCAAUCACAAAGGAGGGUACGAGAACGACUGCAGCAUCGUGCGCCUGAACAAACGCAGCUUCUUCAUGAUCUCCCCCACUGACCAGCAAGUUCAUUGCUGGGCCUGGCUGAAGAAACACAUGCCGGAGGACAGCAACCUGCUUUUGGAAGAUGUGACCUGGAAAUAUACAGCUCUGAAUUUGAUUGGCCCACGUGCUGGAGACGUCCUCUCGGAACUCUCGUAUGCACCAAUGAGUCCAGAUCAUUUUCCUUCCCUCUUUUGCAAGGAGAUGAGCGUGGGUUACGCCAACGGCAUCCGCGUCAUGAGCAUGACACACACGGGGGAGCCAGGAUUCAUGCUGUACAUCCCCAUUGAGUAUGCUUUGCACGUGUACAACGAAGUGAUGAGCGUGGGACAAAAGUACGGGAUCCGGAACUCUGGCUAUUACGCCCUCCGCAGCUUGCGCAUCGAGAAGUUCUUCGCCUUCUGGGGCCAAGACCUGGACGCUUUCACCACUCCCUUAGAAUGUGGACGCGAGUUCCGGGUGAAACUCGAGAAGGGCACCGACUUCAUUGGGCGGGAAGCACUGAUGCGCCAGAAGCAGGAAGGGGUCUACAAGCGCUUCACCAUGUUCAUCCUCGAUGAUCACGACACAGACCUGGACCUGUGGCCCUGGUGGGGGGAGCCCAUCUACCGGAACGGACUCUAUGUGGGCCAGACCACCAGCAGCGCCUACAGUUACACCCUCGAGCGGCACGUCUGCCUGGGUUUUGUGCACAACCCAGACCCUGAAACUGGCGAGGAGCAGCUUGUGACGACCGACUUCGUCAACCGGGGCGAGUAUGAGAUUGAGAUUGCCGGACAGCGUUUCCAGGCCAAGGCGAAGCUCUACCCUUUCAGCUCUCUUUUCACGCCACGCCGGCGCAAGGACGAAAUGGAGUUCAGUGGCUACCAAGGGAAGUGAGACCCUGCCGAGUUCGGACUCUGGACUUUGUUUAGCCUCCUAGGUCUGUUACAUUUUUGUACGUUUUAAAGAAAUAACUUUCCCUUUCCUCUUCUUAAUGUACACUCCUGUCUUUCUGUCCCUCCCCAUCUUCCUGCCUUUGCCGCAACCUCUGAGCUCCUCCCAAGUCUGUGGGUUGGUGAACCAGCUUCCACUUAUGGGAUGUGGACUCUCGCGUACCCGAAUGGACCCUGAGCACUCAGGCUGCAUCCUGGAGCUCUCUCUUUCAUUGUGGCGCUGCAGAGCCCGCUAACCUGCCGGGCAGAAACAGUUGGCAGCCGCUCCCCACCACAUCCCUGCCGUUCAUAGUUUACCACUUACGCUCUUCUUGUCAAAGCUGUGAGGAAAUUAGGAACAUUUUGUCAAUAACAGGAGAGAGUGUUCCACGCCGUCUGUUCCUGGGGAGGUUCCGACUUGGUAACGUCCAUCUCAGCCCCCUCUCCAGGCGGGAUGGGAAGUUGAGAGGAUAAAUGUCUUACAGAAUAUUUGGGCUCUUCGCAGUGGAACUACCUGGUGGUGGGACGGAGUGCGUUUUCCCCCCCCCACCUUUCCCCCUGGUGUCCGUUUGAUUGCGUGGUUGCAGUGAAUGAUGGUUUUGCUGUGCCCAGAAUCCUCCCCUGCAGCCAAAUUUUUCCUCUCUCCCUUUUCUUAGCUUUGCCUGAAUUAGGUCUCAGGGUGUUUGUGCAGCAUGUUAGAUCUCAGGGAGGGGUUCGCUUUGAGGGCUGCAUCUCUUGGCAGUUUGGAGGUUGGCAUUGAACCCCUGCACCUGUGGCUGCAGGUGGCUUGCUGCUUAUGUUGUUCCCUUUUCCGUGGGCCUUGUCCGUCCUCCCGUCCUCCCUCCCUCCCUCCCUCCCUCCCUCCCUCCCUCCCUCCCUCCCUUCCUUCCUUCCUUCCUUCCUUCCU